GUCCAACGUCCUCAUUCCUAUCUCGCCCAUUUCUCGAAUUGAUCACCCACAAUGCUCUUCUGGGUCAACUCUACUCAUCAUCAAUAUGCUUGAUGGAAUGAUGGGCAGCAGUAGAAAUGACCUCAUUUACCUGCCUUUUCCCCUUGUUACCAUAAUCAAUUAAUCCCACCAAAAGGAAAUAAAAGGGGGAGUAAAUUGGAAAACCUCCUCUUCUCUCUCUCGGGAUACCUGCAAUCCAUGGCUCAACCGCAGGAAGAGGAAGGGUGGCCACUGCGGUCACAGUUGCAGCCCCUGAAUGCGAGAGUCGCCACAGGGUCGGUCUCCUUCAACACUUUACUCACUGCUUCCCCCACCUGCUCUGAAUCAGAUUCCUCUUCUGGUCUGGACACCGAGUCCACAGGGUCUUUCUUCCAUGAUAAGAGCAUCACAUUGGGUAGCCUCAUUGGGGCUUCCAGCAUCUUAGAACUGUCCAGGAAAUCGACGAGGGGAAAGAAGAAGAUCAAGGAACCAGUGAAGGAGAAGAAGGGUUGCGGAUCGAAACCAUGGUUAUUCUCCUUGUGUGCAAAAGACCCCGUUCGACGCUUGAACAACAAUGCAGGCAGUGGUCCAUCUCUGGGCCACUUUCUUGCAGUGGAGAGAAGAUCUCACUGGACGCAGCAGAAAUUAAAGCCCGAGAAUGCUCUACCAUAGUAUCUGUUUAUGCGCCCCUAAUGAGCUAGUUCUUUGUGUGUCAUCACUUAGUUCUGAAAGUGCCAAAUUCAGCCAUUUUAAAUGGCUUUCUUGUGUGUGUCAUCAAACCCUCUUAGCUCCUUCCAACUAGCUCAUUGGAUUUUCCUGCUGUUAUUUCCUGUCUGGUGUGCUUUCUUCCCAGUUCACUGUCAAUGUAUUUUGUGCAUGAAUUAUGCAGUAAUUGGCUUCUUAGUAGAUAUAUAAUAUAGGACCAUCAGUUUUGAGGCAAAUGUGAGCAGGCU